CUAGACUGUGAACCAAUUGGAAAUGGAGAAAAAGAGAGGAGAAGAGCUUGAUCAAAUGAGGAAAAUAAGCCAAGCUCAGCACUGGUAUGAAUCUCCGAUAGACCAACUCGACUCGGCUCAGCUCAAGCAACUAAAAACAUCUCUAGAGAUGCUAAAGCAGAAUGUGAAAAAGCAAGCAGAGCAGCUUCUAUUUCAAGCAGCAAAUAAUCAUCAAUUUUUUGCUCCAACAACUACCAAUAGACCAGUUCCUCCUUUCGAUCCGAAAAAUGGCGGAUUCGCCGCGAACAUAGCGCCUUAUCAGUAUGCGAAUCUUGCAUAUGGAAGAGGAUUCUUCUGAAGUCUAUUUAUUAUGUCUUUGAUUUGGUUUGUUUGUAUAUAUUUCUGGACUACAGCUUGUGUCAUAUAGACAUACA